UGGCGGCGCCGGCGCCAUUUUGCCGGAGCUUGCGACCCAGUGGGAGUGGAGCGGGGCCCCGGCUUGUUGUUGCCGGCUCUUUCCUCCUCCCCCACGGUCCAGACAGCCAGGUUGACUUAGGCCGUCGGCCCUCGCGCCGAGACUUGCCUCUUAGUUAGUUCUGAGGAGCGCCUGGCCGACAUGAGUGAUGUAGAGGAGAACAACUUCGAGGGCAGAGUUAAUGUUCGUGAAGAAAUUGAAGAGUUUUUUCCAAGAAUGUGGAAGAUAAAUCAAGAUAAAAGAAGGCUAAUGAAAAGUAUUAAAGAUCAGAAAAUUAAAAUUGAAUGGGGGAAAAAAUUGAACAGAAGAUUGGUCAGAUAGAAGCACUUGAAUAUUUUAAGGCUAUUUUGAAUUGUUUGAAUUGGGGAAGAAUACACGAAGUAUGAAAAAUGAAAAACUCAAUGAAGAAUGAAGAGAAGUAGAAAGCAAGAGUGAAGUAGAAUUAAAAGAUCUGGAAGAAUGAAUGGGUCCUAGGUUAAGUAAAUGAGUCUCGCUCUCAGUCAAAAUCUCCAACCGGUACUCCUGCUCGUGUAAAGUCCGAGAGCAGGUCAGGAUCUCGUAGUCCAUCAAGGGUUUCCAAACACUCUGAAUCCCAUUCUCGAUCAAGAUCAAAAUCCAGGUCAAGGUCAAGGAGGCAUUCUCAUAGACGAUACACUCGAUCCAGGUCUCACUCUCACAGGAGAAGAUCUCGAAGUAGAUCCUAUACUCCAGAAUACCGGCGACGAAGGAGCCGAAGUCACUCUCCAAUGUCUAAUCGGAGAAGACAUACAGGCAGCAGGGCGAAUCCAGAUCCCAACACUUGUCUGGGAGUGUUUGGCCUCAGUUUGUACACAACAGAGAGAGAUCUUCGUGAAGUAUUUUCUCGAUAUGGACCAUUGAGUGGUGUCAAUGUGGUUUAUGAUCAGCGUACUGGGAGAUCACGUGGAUUUGCUUUUGUGUAUUUUGAGAGAAUAGAUGACUCCAAGGAGGCCAUGGAAAGAGCAAAUGGAAUGGAGCUGGAUGGAAGAAGAAUUCGUGUGGAUUAUUCUAUCACCAAGAGAGCGCAUACACCUACACCAGGCAUCUACAUGGGCAGACCAACUCAUAGUGGUGGUGGAGGUGGUGGUGGAGGCGGCGGUGGAGGUGGCGGUGGUGGCAGACGUCGAGAUUCUUACUACGAUAGAGGAUAUGAUCGAGGGUAUGACAGAUAUGAAGAUUAUGAUUAUCGGUACAGAAGAAGAUCACCUUCUCCUUAUUAUAGUCGAUACAGAUCCCGAUCAAGAUCUCGUUCUUACAGCCCAAGACGCUAUUGAUCAUGGAACGAUUGCAAUUAAGGAUGUUAUUCUCUUUUUCUCUGUUUUUUGUUAUUUGUUUUGCUUUUCUUUUUAAUCCUGGGUUUCCUCUAGCUUCUAAUCUUUCCUAAUCCUUAAAAAAAUUUCUUGGUUUACUGGCAUCUACAUACACUUUGUCAGUUGUGUUGUCCACCACUUCUGUUAUACUCUUAAAAAUGUAAUUGUCAUUUUGAAUAGUUCAAACAUCUUGAGUAAAAAAGGAACCCAGUAUUCAUGCUUUGUGAUUUUUCUUUAUCUUUAUGGAGGAUUAACUCCUAGCUAAUCAUAUGGGGAAAGAAAUGACUUUUGUGUCAGAUAUUGUAGUAGGCGUUAUAAUAGAAAUCUGUAUUUUCAACAGACUUUUUUAACUUUCUUCUGAGGAAGUUAAUAACACAUGAAGUAGUUGUCACGUCAGGUUUGUCUGGGAUGGCAUGGAAUAGUCAAAUACUUGAGUGUAGAAAAUUUGAAGCUAUAGAGGGAAAAACUUGGACAUUUCUUUUGAAGAAUGUAAAUUUUGAACCCAAAAAAUUAGACAAAAAGCUUGUAGACUCCACACAUGUUGUAUUUGAAAUAUAUCUGUUAAGACUUACAACUUAAUGUGUGAUUUUUUUUUUUUUUGGUGUGUGUGUGUGUUAAGUUUAUUGAAGUUUAAGUAUUCUCUUGAUCAGUGAAGGACGACCCUUAUUUAUUAUCUAGAGGAAUUGUAUAAUUUGCUGUUCGAAAUUUUAGUAUUGGGACAUUGGUUAAGUGGGCUGUCGUAUAGUAUAGGGCCUUUGAAGAUACAUGUAGGAAAAAGUAGUCUCUAUUCAAAUAAAAGUUAAUUUCUUUGAAGUUGGGGUUGUCUCUUUCAUUUUGAUACAGUAGAAAUAUAACUAGGCUUAUUUAGUUUUGCCCAUUCUGAGUUAAUUCCCUAAUAUCUCCCCAUUUUUUCUUUUCUUGUGCUUAAAUGUAUAAUUCUAUCUCUUUGAUCUUUAAAAAUCCUUGUUUUAGGAAAAACAUAUACUUGUAAUCCCAGCACUUUGGAGGCAAAAACAGGAGGAUCUACCUGGACUACUAAAGAGUGACCGCUCAUAUUAAUUUUUGUUAAUCCUGUGUUUUUUCAUUCUUUUUAAAUAAAUGUUCAGUGUCAACAUCAUUGUAAAGGAAAGAAAUAGGUAGUUGACAUCAUUGAACCCAAAUCAUAAAUAGGAAGGCAACACUUCAAUGACUUUAAUAUAAGGGGAGGGUGUUUGAGGAACCUUUUUCAAAAGUCGCUAUGACUGCCCUGCUUUAAUCUUCUCAAGGCAUCAAUAAUAAAGUUCUGUUCUCUAAAA